AUGCAGGUUAAAACCCUUCCUUUACUAAUGAACCCUUAUAUUCUCCCCAUUUUCUUGUUUGGCCUUGGGCUCGGAACCACUAUCACAUUUAUAAGCUCACACUGGUUACUAGCCUGAAUAGGCCUCGAAAUCAAUACACUCGCUAUCAUUCCACUAAUAGCCCAACAUCACCACCCCCGGUCAGUUGAAGCCUCUACCAAAUAUUUUCUUACUCAAGCAACUGCAGCAGCUAUAAUCCUCUUUGCCAGCUCAAUAAAUGCUUGAAUAACAGGCCAAUGAAACAUCAGUGACCUUUCGCACCCCUUCCCCCUCACCAUCAUUACCCUUGCCCUGGCCCUCAAAUUAGGCCUGGCCCCCCUCCAUACAUGACUCCCUGAAGUUCUCCAAGGUCUUGAUUUAACCACCGGAUUAAUUAUGUCCACUUGACAGAAACUAGCCCCCUUCGCCUUGUUUGUUCAGCUAACCUCACAACACACAAUUAUUAUUUCCACCCUAGCGAUCCUCUCCACCCUUGUCGGUGGAUGAGGGGGCUUAAACCAGACCCAAAUCCGCAAAAUCUUGGCCUACUCAUCUAUUGCCCAUCUGGGGUGAAUAACCUUGGUAAUUCAAUAUUCCCCCUCUUUGACCCUACUUGCCCUACUAACUUAUAUUCUAAUAACAUUAGCCGCCUUCAACUUACUUAAGUUUAAUACGACCACAUCUAUUAACUCCCUGACAAACUCAUGAUUUAAAUCACCUGUUCUAACUGCCUUUACCCCCCUGAUCAUGCUAUCUUUAGCAGGUCUGCCCCCACUCACAGGUUUUGGCCCCAAAUGAAUAAUCCUAUCAGAGCUGACCAAGCAAGGCCUCGCUCCUCUUGCAACCCUCGCAGCCUUAUCAGCCCUCCUCAGCCUUUACUUCUACCUCCGCCUAUCUUAUGCUAUAACACUCACAUUAUCCCCUAAUACCGCCUCUGCAGUCAACCAAUGGCGAUUCAACUCAACCCAAACUACCCUUCCCCUGAGCCUUUCUACUAUCUUGGCCGUCAUACUUCUUCCUCUUCUCCCAGCAAUUAUAGCACUGGUAAACUAAGGACUUAGGUUAAUAGACCCGGGGCCUUCAAAGCCCCAAGCAGAGGUGAAAACCCUCUAGCCCUUGUAAAGCUUGCAGGGAUUUAACCCACAUCUUCUGCAUGCAAAGCAGACACUUUAAUUAAGCUAAAGCCUUGCUAGAUAGGAAGGCCUCGAUCCUUCACUUUCUUAGUUAACAGCUAAGCGCUCUAACCAGUGAGCAUCUAUCUACUUUCCCCCGCCUUUUAGGGCGGGUAAGGCGGGGGAAAGCCCCGGCCGGCGUUAACCGGCUGCUUAAGAUUUGCAAUCUAAUAUGUUCAACACCUCAGGGCUUGGUACGAAGGGGGCUCAAACCCCUGUAUGUGGGUCUACAAUCCACCGCUUACUCAGCCACCCUACCUGUGACAAUCACGCGCUGAUUUUUCUCAACUAAUCAUAAAGACAUCGGCACCCUAUAUCUAGUAUUUGGUGCAUGAGCCGGGAUAGUGGGUACCGCACUUAGCCUUCUAAUCCGAGCAGAACUUAGUCAACCAGGGGCCCUCUUGGGCGAUGAUCAAAUUUAUAAUGUUAUCGUUACGGCCCAUGCUUUUGUUAUAAUCUUCUUCAUAGUAAUACCUAUUAUGAUUGGAGGCUUCGGCAACUGACUGGUCCCCUUAAUAAUCGGGGCCCCAGAUAUAGCAUUUCCCCGAAUGAACAACAUGAGUUUCUGACUGCUUCCUCCCUCCUUCCUACUCCUCCUUGCCUCCUCAGGGGUAGAAGCGGGCGCAGGUACAGGGUGAACUGUUUACCCUCCCCUUUCCGGUAACUUAGCUCAUCAAGGGGCUUCCGUUGAUCUCACAAUUUUUUCUUUACACCUAGCCGGUGUUUCCUCAAUCCUAGGAGCCAUCAACUUUAUUACCACCAUCAUCAAUAUAAAACCUCCCUCAAUCUCCCAGUACCAAACACCCUUAUUUGUCUGAGCUGUAUUAAUCACUGCCGUCCUACUUCUUCUCUCCCUGCCCGUCCUGGCAGCCGGCAUCACCAUGCUUUUAACUGACUGAAAUCUAAACACAACUUUCUUUGACCCUGCGGGAGGUGGAGACCCCAUCCUCUACCAACACCUUUUCUGAUUCUUCGGUCACCCCGAAGUCUAUAUCCUAAUUCUACCUGGCUUUGGCAUGAUCUCCCAUAUUGUGGCCUAUUACUCAGGGAAAAAAGAACCUUUCGGCCACAUAGGAAUAGUGUGAGCCAUAAUGGCCAUUGGCUUAUUAGGAUUUAUUGUGUGAGCUCAUCACAUGUUUACAGUGGGAAUAGAUGUGGACACACGCGCAUAUUUUACCUCAGCUACCAUAAUUAUCGCCAUUCCUACAGGUAUUAAAGUUUUCAGCUGACUAGCUACCCUUCACGGAGGCAUUAUUAAAUGAGAAACCCCUCUACUCUGGGCCCUAGGCUUUAUCUUCCUAUUUACAGUAGGCGGUUUAACCGGGAUUGUGUUAGCCAACUCUUCACUUGAUAUUGUAUUACAUGACACUUACUACGUAGUCGGCCAUUUCCACUACGUCUUAUCCAUAGGCGCUGUCUUUGCUAUUAUAGCAGGGUUCGUUCACUGGUUCCCCUUAUUUACUGGUUACACACUCCACGACACCUGAACAAAAAUCCACUUUGGGGUGAUGUUUACAGGUGUUAACCUAACCUUUUUCCCCCAGCAUUUCUUAGGCCUCGCCGGAAUGCCCCGUCGAUAUUCCGACUACCCAGAUGCAUAUACACUCUGAAAUAGUGUCUCCUCCAUCGGAUCAUUAGUCUCUUUAAUUGCUGUUAUUAUAUUCCUAUUCAUUAUCUGAGAAGCAUUUGCUGCCAAACGAGAGGUACUCUCCGUAGAAAUGACCUCGACGAAUGUCGAAUGACUCCACGGGUCACCGCCUCCCUACCACACUUUCGAGCAACCUGCUUUCGUUCAAGUUCGGCAUAAUUAACGAGAAAGGAGGGAAUUGAACCCCCUUAGAAUGGUUUCAAGCCACUCACAUAACCUAUCUGCCACUUUCUUAAUAA